GGGGUGGGCCUCGGGGUCAAUUUUGAGUCUCGCAUUCGAGAAUGUAUUCGAAGAAAAGGUAUGUUGGUUCUUGAUCUAAGUGACAGAUAUUCCAGGGCUUACGUGACCGGGGUCGUUCACAUUGAGCUGUGGCACAGCUACCCCGCUUCUUGACCUUCUUCUUUCCAACUGCACGCUUCUCAACUCGACUCUUGAUUAAAUGUACCGAAUACUACGUGUACCCUCGCUGAGUUCUUCAGACCACUGGAUCACAGACAUUCCACCAUCAUGAGCAAUCAAGAUUCUAAAGACACCCAUUACCACGUAUCAAUAUGUGCGGUGGAACCCAGUGACGUCGAUGACCUCGUUGCGAUCCACACUGCCGCUUUCGAAUCCGACCAGUUCUCUAAUUUAAUGCUUCUCAACCGUGAAGAAUGCGCUCAUCAAAAUCUUAUGCGCAAGUCGGUCCUUUACUGGCUCACAAAUCCCUCUACUACCAAGCUCUUCAAAGCAGUUGAGGGGAAUGGAAAACUUCUGGGCUGGUCGUGUUGGGUUAAGAAGGAACUGGAGCAAAAGAAGUCAGAUGACAGCAAAUCCUCUGAGGCGCCAUCUGAUCCAAACCUCAGCAAAGAGAAAGCUCGGUCUGGCAAGGAUAUGCCUCGAGAACCUGCGCGAGUUUUAGGUGGGAUCAUGCAUAAAGACAUGACUUCGUGGGAAUCUCGGCAACUGGAGGGAACCAAGUACAUGGUUCUGCAGGCUUUGGCGACGCAUCCUGAGUACCAAGGUCGAGGCAUCGGGACCAGGCUGCUUCAGCAUGGGCUUGAGAAAAUUGACUCACAGAGUCUUGCAUGUUGGAUCCAUGCCUCGCCCUCAAGUUACAGACUUUACGAAAAGGCUGGAUUCCAGGAGGUUGGGAAGAGUGAAUAUGAUCUCGCUGAGUGGGCACCAGUCGGGACAGGCGGCGAAGUUGGUUGGGGAACAUACACGUUUCGGUAUAUGCUUCGCUCUGCAAAAUCAUAACAUCUGCCGAAAGCAUUUCCUUGACAGUAAAGCACGUUCAUGAAGUGGAUAUUAGGGGGUGUGUGUGGUAUUGAACCUGAAAAUGAAAUACCAGCUGUGGCAAAACAAAAAUCACAACUCUGGUUAUGGUGCUCCAAAGACGCAAAUAUGAACUUGAGGAGUUGUCUGCUUUUGUUGGUAGUCAAGUUUCAAGGACGCAUGCAACUCAGUGACCCUG